GAGAGUUUGCACGUAUGUCAGAGGGACUAUGGUGGAGGGCUGGUGAAGAUGAUGGCAGCUCUCUGCGAGGAUGGCACAUAUGGACUCAAUUGUGGUCGCAAGAGCGACAGAAUAUCAGUUUUACAUGUCAAACUGACAGAAUCAGCCUUUAAAGCGCUAGAAAAUUACCAAAACUGUAAGAAUGCACCAUUCCCACAGGCGACGAUACGUUUUCAGGGUCUUCAAGGGCGCAUUAAAAUCCCAACAACAGAUGCUUCCGAUGGCUCUCAAAACUUCGAUUUUUAUCUGUCCAACUACGGAAAAGACAAUCCUCAAGGAAGCUUUGAGUGUAUCCACCAGUACAUAUCUAGCUCUGGGGUCCCCAAUCUGUCCUCCUUGGGAACGAUUCAGGACAAAAUGACAGUAUGUGCCACCAAUGACUCCUACCAGGUGACCAAAGAGCGCGUGACCAAAGCAGAGGAGGAUAAAGUCAAGAACAGCACCAAAUUCAUCAAACCCGGAGGACCGUUCAGAGACAAAAAAAUCCAGCAUCGAAAACCGGCCCCUUCAGCCCCCGACCCGGCUCCAGAGAGGAAGCAGACCACCCCCCUAAACCCAGCCAAUACCAUCCGCAAGUGCCUUACCAACAACCCCGUAUCACAACGUCCGUACCGGGACCGCGUCAUUCACCUCCUGGCCCUGCGCUCCUACAAGAAGCUAGAGGUGCUCGCCAGACUCCAAAGAGAUGGCAUCAGCCAGAAAGAUCGCAACUCUAUGGGCACAACACUACACCAGGUGGCCAAUCUAAACCCUAAGGAUAACUCAUAUUCGCUGAAAGACUUUAUCUUCCGUGAGGUCCAGAGGGAUUGGCCGGGCUAUACGGAGGAUGAACGGGUUCAGGUUGACAGGAUCCUGGCACGUAAAUUGGGCUUGAAUUCAGAGUCUGUCUCAUCCAGCAGCCCAACCAAAGAGCCAACAUCCCCACUGAAACAGCAACCUGAGGCCGACUUCAUCGAUCCUCUGAUGUCUAAGAAGCCUCGAAUCUCCCAUCUCAGUAACCGAGGACCUCCCUCGUCUGGUCGUCAUCCUUCGGAAACUGGGGACAAAAAACCUGGACCCACGGCCGCCUGCCCCGGACCUGCUUUUCACCCUCCACCUGUCACAGGCUCUAGUUCAAAUUCCCCCAGCACGCCGGAGGGCCGGGGGUCUCAGGAUCUGCCCCUGGACCAGAGCUCUAUAUGUGGGAACUCCUCGGAGAGCUACGCGCCCCGCAACCACACGCCAAGCCCUCCCAGCCAGCCGGUUUCCACGACCUCCCCCUCAUCCUUCUCUACCUGUACUGUCUCGACAACCACCAUCACCUCCACCACUACCACCAGCAGUGGCCCCCACGUUUCCUCUGCCGCGUCUCCUACAGCCAGCCGUGACGGCAAUGGCAGCAAAAAGCCCAAGAAGUCCAAGAAGCACAAAGAUAAAGAGAAGCGAGAAGGAGAACGAGAGAUGGACAAAGAAAAGGAUCGGAAGAGGGAUAGAGCGCAUCGCAAGGAGGAUCACUGUGACAAGGAAGCACAGCCCAGAAAGAAACACCGGAGUGAGGCAGAACAUAAACACAUUCCUGCCAACAUCAGCCACGAAUCGGACAAAGAAGCUGGUAAAGACAAGCCUGUCAAAAGCACUGAAAUGCCAAUCCCAACGAAGCCUGAUUACAUAGUUAAGUACACUGCUGUGAUAUCUAUGGAUCAGAGGCAGCACUAUAAGGAUGACUUCAAUGCAGAAUAUGAUGAGUAUCGUAUCCUUCAUGCCCGUGUUGAGAGCGUUACACGUCGUUUUACAAAACUGGACAGCAGGUGUAGGCGUCUAGCUCCAGGAACUAAAGAGUAUCAGGAAGUACAUGAACAGGUGCUGCAAGAAUACAAAAAAAUUAAACAACAUAGCCCAAACUACUAUGAAGAAAAACAGCGCUGUGAGUACCUGCACAACAAACUGGCCCACAUCAAAAGGCUGAUCGCUGACUUCGACCAGCGGAGGGCGCAGUCCUGGCUGUAGGGCACGGGACCAAGCAAACACCUCGGCCAAUCAGAGCGCUCCUCAGCCGGAGUACCAUCUUUAGGGGAGUGUGGGGAUCAAACAGCUCCUUAUUUAUUCUAUUUACAGAUCCCCCACUCGCCUGUUUCCCAUACCUGGCCGCCUUUUAUCACUCUUUUUCUGAUUUUCUUUCUUUGUUCAUUCUUUUUUUUUUCUUUUAUUCUUCAUUCUCUUUCUUUUUGAAGGACUUUUUUUGAAAGAAAAAAGACAAAGAAAAAUUAAACAUUCUUGAAUGCAAAAAGAAAAGUUACGCAAUGCAAAACCGCGGGCCUUACAACGCUUAUUUCUUGAAGCCUUUUGCACAGGGGUGAUCGAGCCAGUACAUGUGAAAAAGUGGCCAUAGAAGAGGGUGUUUCCAAGAGCCUUGAGACUUCCUUUCUCCCAGUGGCCCUGUUUUUUUUUUUUUUUUUUUUUUUUUUUUUUUUUUUUUUUUACAGCAUCAGUAUUCACGCCCACAGUGCAAAUGAUGCCUUAAGGUAUUAAUAUAGACACAUAACUAUGUGGCAUCAGUGAGACAAGCACCCGGGGCAGUGGGGAGAAUUUAUGACCUGGUCGCAGGUCCACCGCACAUUCAUGGAGAGUGAGUGAGAUAGUGAGAGAGAGAGAGUGAGUGAGAGAGAGAGAGUGAAAAAUAUUCAGUGUUUUUGUUCAUUCUUGGGAAGGAUUAUUGCGGGUCAGAAAAUACAGGAAGAGAGAGGCUCUAGAAAAAGGGUUGGAUAUAUAUACUAAAAGAGGAAAAAAACGGAAAACGAAAAUCCAAAAAAAAAGCUGCUAUUUUUUUUUUUCUUUGAACAGCCAGAGCAUUCGGGAUCAACCUGGCUCAUGUUACAUGUUCUUAAUUUGGGCCUGCUCUGUUUAAGAAAAUGAUCGAACCAUCUUAAUGGCGAAGGUGCUACUGAUUUAUGAGGAAAUGCAUCGAGCAGAGGCAGACCUGUAUAUCCAUUUCAAAUGUAUUCAUUAAUUAUUGCAAGUCUCAGAGUUAUUUAUGAAAUAUGAAUAGCAAUAUAUAUAUUAUGUUUUUUUGAAUUAAAAGGAAUUGCUGGAAUUUUGAGUAUUAAAAAAAAACUUCUCAAAUUUACGUAAAAAUAGAAGUCUUUAUUUGACGGUAUCGUGAGUGAUAAACUUCUUAAAGAUUAAGGGAAACAUUAUGUUUACAAAACCUGUGUGGUAGGAAGUUUUGCCAAAAAAAAGUAAUAGUCUUAUGUUGAUAGUCUGGAAUAAGACGCGUUUCUCUGAGCGACACUUUGGUAUUUAAAAGAAGAUGGUGGUCGAACACUUGUGGUGUCUUGGUAAUAUUUAUUUUCUUUGAUCUUUGUUUAGGGAAAAUAUCCUGAAUGCAGCUGUGUGAAUCAGCCUUGAAAAUACCAUUGCUUGCAAUUAUGCAAAUUCUCACUGGAUCAAAUAACUCCAGCGUGGAUUCUGAUUGGCUCGUUGAUUCUUGAGGCUUGCUGCAUUGUAUUUGCACAUUUUGGGAUGUCGUUUUGAGAUCUGAAAACAAGUGAUCUCUCUCGUCUUAGAAUCAUAAUUAUUCCAUUGUUAAAAGCGGGGUGUUGCUCCCUUUGUUUUCCAGUGUUGUUAAUUGAAAUUUAAAAACCCGGGUGAGCCAUUCUCAAAUUAACCAUCGACAAAUGUUGGUUUUUAGUAUUUGGGUUGGCAGAUGGCAUCUUAUCUGAUUUGUUUAGGGACUUCAUUUGUUCUCAGACUCGCCAAAAUGUUUUUGUGUGAGCUUCUGUUCAUUUUAGUCCCCAUUUAUAGACCGAUCGCAAUGUCUGAUUACAAACAAAUCCAUGUCGUCGCUAUUUAACAGAAAUUCAGCAGCACUUUACUUCACAGAUGCUUAUUUCCUCAGCUUUCAAAUAGCCUCCACACUGAACCCUAAAGAUUUUGGGAUGACACUAAAAAGUGUUGCUUGGAAGGAAGAAUGUGCAUCUACACACAACCUGGUAUCAUUGUAAUUUGGGUUGGAUGGGGAACUAUUUGGUGUGUGUGUGUGUGUGUGUGACCAACACUUGUAUUUUUUCCCUUUGGAAGAGACUGUGCCUCUGACACCACUAAAGAGAGAUGUUAAUGUUGAAUAAUAAGCCAAGAAUCUCAUAACACUGUCAUCUCUAGUUUUAAAAGUGGAUGGGGGUUGUGUCAGACUGUAAGAGUUCCUGACCUGUCCACCUAAAAUAUAUUAAAUCAGUUCAAUAAAAUGUGAACUUGACAACAUA